AUGUCAGGCGAAGAAAAGGCAAAGACAAGCGAUGCGCCGCUUCCUGCAUCAGCAUCAGCUCCAGUACGGGCAGCACAGUCAACCGCGGCAUCACGUCCCCACGCCAACGAACACAUCGCCUUAAUCGGACUCGGCGCAAUAGGAGUAUCAUUCCUCGCGCUUCACCUAACAUACAGCUCGGCAACGGUAUCAGUCUACGACCCACGGCCAGACUUGGAAGACCACAUCCGAACCGUGCUACCACUAUACCUGCACGAUGAUCACUUUGCCGAGACUGAGGAUGAUGCCGAGGGUGAUAUCGAUAUCGAUAUCGUCUCGAGACUUUUGGAUUCCCAACGACUGAAACUUGCCACCAGUCUUGAAGCUGCAUGUCGCAAUGCCACGAUCGUGCAGGAACAAGGACCCGAGAAUUUAUCGUUUAAACAGAAGACGUGGGCGGAAGUGGUGCGUUAUGUGUCGUCGUCUUGUCAUUUGUGGUCGUCGACGAGUGGGAUUCCGGCGAGUAAACAGCUCGAACGGCUCGAGUAUAGCGAGAGCAGCAAUACGACAGAUGAGAGCAUUGAGUUUGAGAGGACCGCUGCUGGCGCCCGCCAACGAUUACUCGUCGUUCACCCCUUCAAUCCACCCCAUAUCAUGCCGCUACUCGAACUGGUUCCCUCACCAUCUACAAGCCCAGAAGAGGUCACGUUUGCAAAGUCAUACUUUACCGCUCUCAACUCCGGCCACAGACCGAUCACAAUCCACAGGGAGAGUGCGGGCUUUGUGGCCAAUCGGUUGAGUUUUAUUUUGUUUCGCGAGGCUUGUCAUCUGGUCAAUCAGGGCGUGGCGUCGCCUGAGGAAAUUGAUGAGAUUGUCCGUGCUAGUCUGGGACCACGAUGGGCCGUCGCAGGGCCAUUCAAAAUGUAUAAUUUUGGCGGUGGCAACAGGGGCAUGAAAGGGUUCUUGGAGAAUAUUGGUGAGUCGAUUGGGGAGGUGUGGAAUGAUGCAGGGUUGUUGACUAUGGAUGGACAUGACUCGGAGGAGUGGAAGGAAAAGGUUGUGCAGGAGACGAACAGGGCGUAUGGGUUGCCCAAAGCACAGGAUGUUAGGGAGAGAGAUCGUGGGUUGAAGGCUGUCGUGGGUAUUCAGGAGGAGUUGCAGAGAGAUACUACAUAA